AAGUUUGGAAUUGGGGUUCACCGUCGUAGCCCUAAGGCCUAUCUUCAUUUUUGUUUUUUAAUUUUCCUUUUACAAGGUAAAAAAGUAAGGGGAAAUUAGAAGAAUUGAAUGUUCCUUAACGCCGUUACUUAAACGCGACACGGACGACAGAACGAGAGAAGUCAGCACGACAAAGAGCAGCAGCUUCAUCUAAUUACUCUUAUUAACACGUGUCUCGCUUCCUUUGAUUUCUGAUAAAAAAAGACGAACGACAGAACAAGAGAAGUCUUGGCUCUCUCUCAUUCUCUCCCUCUUUCUGUGUCCGCCGGCGAUGGAGAUUUCUUUAAUUUCCACCAAUCCAAGACCCUAUUUCUGUUCUUCAACAGAGUCUUUGUUAUUCAAGAGAGUUAAGCUUCCUUCAUGGAAUUCUAGAACUUCACAACCUUUAUUAGGUCGGCCAUGUUCUCUAUUUCACAAGGAGAAUUUGUUGAAGGUUAAAUGUAUUCAAAAGAGAGAAAUUCCGGUUUUAGAGGCCAGUUCCAUGGAUGAGGUUUUUGAUACUUUAGCUGAACGCACUCUUCCCACAUCAGCAGAAGCAUCAAAUCCCAAUGCAAAGCAUAUUGUAGGUUUAGCUGGCCCUCCUGGCUCUGGAAAAAGUACUCUAGCUGUUGAAGUUACACAGCGUGUAAACAAGUUAUGGCCUCAAAAGGCUCGAUCUUUUGAUUCUCAAGUUAAGCCUCCAAAUGUCGCUAUAGUUAUUCCAAUGGAUGGGUUCCAUCUAUAUCGUUCCCAGCUUGAUGCAAUGGAGAACCCAGAAGAAGCACAUGCCAGAAGGGGAGCUCCAUGGACUUUUGACCCUAUGCUACUGCUUAGUUGUCUGAAGAACCUAAGGAAUCAGGGGUCUGUUUAUGCACCAUCAUUUGACCAUGGCAUUGGAGAUCCUAUUGAAGAUGAUAUUUUUGUCAGCCUUCAGCAUAAGGUGGUCAUAGUUGAAGGAAAUUAUUUGUUAUUUGAAGGAGGGGUUUGGAAGGAGAUAUCGUCUAUGUUUGAUGAGAAGUGGUUCAUUGAUGUUGACCUUGACACGGCAAUGCAACGAGUUCUAAGACGGCAUAUUGCAACAGGAAAGCACCCUGAUGUUGCUCAAUGGCGGAUUGACUACAAUGAUCGACCUAACGCAGAACUUAUAAUGCCAUCAAGCAAAAAUGCUGACCUGGUGAUCAAGUCUAUUGAUUUCCAAAGAUAGAAAGAUGGCUUCAAUAAUACAUUUUCUGCGAGAGUGGAAAUCUAUGUCCUUAAUUGGAAGUAAAAUCUCUAUUUGCUCAUUGUUCUUACGGUUUAACGACAGUACAUAAAAUUAGUAUAAUAUACCAAAUCAUAGAUAAAUUCAUAGAACAAAGCAACCGUUUGCUUUUUCCUCGUUAAUGCUUUGAUAAAUCGAAGUACGUGAUUAACGUUUUCUAUUUCUCAGUUGGCCAUUGAAAAUGAAGGAAAAAAUUAGAGAGAACUUCGGUUAAAUAGUUUAUUUCAAGUUGAAACAGUGGAUAGAGUAUUUUAUUU